AUGGCGACUCAGCUGCUCAACCAGCGCCUGUUUUCGGGCUCGUCGCCGAAGAAGACGACUGCCGACAUGCCGCGGUCGAUAAAGCCGCAGCCGAUCCCCUCGGACGCGCUGCGCCUGAAGUCGAAGGUGAAGGAUCUGUGCUACAACUGCAGCGGCUCUCGCCUCUACGUGGCGUCGCGUGACGGCGUCACCGUGCUGGACACCGAGGGGCUCACGGCUCACUGCGCGCUCUCGGUGAGGUGCACGCGUGUCCUGACGCACCCUAAGGACCCGGAUCUGUUCGCACUGCUGCUGAUGGAGGGAGGCGAGACCCCCCGCGCAUACGUGAAGGUGUUCUCGCUGCCACAAAACGCCGGAUCCGAGCCCGUGCUCAAGUGCACCAUCUGGAGCGGUUUCGAGCACCCGUGGUACGCAGGCGCGUGGUCCUCGGACGGCAACACGAUCGCACUGCUCGACCGUGGCGACCAUCUGCAGUGCGCGGACGUUUCCACGUUCGCCGACUGCGAGCUGCCAGCGUCCUCCGCAAUCUCGCUCACCACCGAGGUCUACGGGCUGAUGUACACCUCCGAUGCGUUGGUGCUGCAGAAGGUCGACGGGCGCAUCGACAUCCUGUCACCCGACCUGACGGUGCGUGCGUCCGAGCAGGCGCACUCUCACAUCGUGAUGGCGACUGCGUACAACAGCAGCCGUGACCUGCUGGCCACAGGCGGCAGCGACCACACCGUGCACCUGUUUUCGUGCGCGGAUGACUACACGUGCGUCGGCACCUUCCCCGGCCUCGAAGGCAAGGUGAGCAGCCUGAGCUUCUCCAACGACGGUAUGCUCCUCGCCUGGGGGACCAAGGACACGCUCUACGUCAGCGGCGACAAUCCCAACCAAUCGGACACUUCAACCACCGGCGACGAGUACUACAUGACCGUGGCUGGCACGGAUCCCUGCGAGAUAUAUAUUCAGGUGCGCAUGCCAGUGGCUGUGACCCAUGUCCAGUUCUCCCCCUGCGGUUACUCCGUCGCGUACGCGUGCGACUUCGACUCCAUGCCCAAGGGAUCAGGCUCCACGGGCGCCGUUGGAAUCGUGCGUUUGUUGUGA